AUGGAAAUAAAUCUUACAUUCCUUUCUGGGUUAGGAUGCGGUCUUUGCCUCGGUUUAUCUCUUAUUGCAAUAAAAAAAUACACAGGACUCUUCUCUGACACAGCAAAGUCUGUUAAAAAGUUUGUAUCCAACUCCGAAUAUAAGUUAGUAUUGGUCGUUCGAACUGACCUGGGGAUGGGAAAAGGCAAAAUAGCAGCUCAAUGUUGUCACGCGGCUGUUGGAGCCUUUGAGAAGGCAAUCAAAAAGGAUCCGGAGGGAUUAAAGCAUUGGCAGAGGACAGGACAAGCUAAAGUAGCUGUAAAAACAGAUUCAGUGGACGAAAUCAAACAAAUUUUGGACAACGCCAAGAAAAUGGGCAUCAUCACAUCUUUAAUAAGAGAUGCUGGAAGGACACAGAUUGCACCCAACUCUAUUACAGUACUGGGUGUCGGUCCAGCACCCAAAGAUGUAAUUGAUAAAGUUACCGGACAUUUGAAGCUCCUGUAA